CAUGAAUUUGAUCUCUCUCUGCCCAAACCUCAACUCACUCAUCACUCACCUACAAUGGCCUUGCCUAUAUCCGACACGCGCCACCUCACGCGCUCCCUCCUAUCCGGUGCCACCUUAGCGUCGCCUCCUCGGCUUCCUUCCUCCGUUCACUGCGGCGGAUCUCGGUUAGCUUGCUCGACCCGGUCCGUCUCGAUCCGAUGCCGAGCAAACCGGUCAGGCUCGGCCUACUCGCCGCUCAGCUCCGGCUCCAGCUUCAGCGACCGACCUCCGACGACGGAGAUGGCGCCUCUGUUUCCGGGGUGCGAUUACGAGCACUGGCUCAUCGUGAUGGAUAAGCCUGGCGGAGAAGGCGCGACGAAGCAGGAGAUGGUUGAUUGUUACGUACAAACCUUAGCUAAAGUCGUUGGAAGUGAGGAAGAGGCGAAGAAGAGGAUUUACAAUGUUUCUUGUGAGAGGUUUGCCUGGUGUUCUGUUUGUGCUUCCAGAUUCUUAUGUUGAUCCUGAAAACAAAGAUUAUGGAGCUGAGCUGUUUGUAAAUGGAGAGAUAGUCCAACGAUCACCAGAGAGGCAGAGACGAGUUGAGCCGCAGCCACAGAGAGCCCAAGAUAGACUGAGAUACAAUGACAGAACUCGCUACUCUCGCCGCAAAGAAAACACACGCUGAACUGCGCCUGAAAGAGAGACACCACACCAUAAAUAAAAGGAAAGCUAGUAUGAUAGCAAAUGAUAAUUGUGAUUCUGCUACCAUCAGGCGAAGGUUCCUUGUUACAGUCCUUUGCAGUUGAUGGAGCAUGCUAGGUUUUUAAUUUCAUGUAACAUUUUUUUUAUAUAAUAGUGUAAAUUGAAGAGAAGACAUUGGAUAUUUAGGCAUAAAAAAAAUCGUUUUCCAAUCUAGAGCAAUUUAUAUG